UUAUGUUUUCAGCCGAAGCAAAUUCACGAGAUCAAGGAUUUCCUUCUGACAGCAAGGAGAAAGGAUGCACGAUCUGUGAAGAUCAAGAAGAACAAGGAUAUGGUUAAGUUCAAGGUUCGCUGCUCCAAGUACCUCUACACGCUCUGUGUCUCCGACUUUGAGAAGGCCGACAAGUUGAAGCAGUCACUUCCUCCAGGAUUGAGCGUGCAAGACCUUUGAAGAUGGCAGAGUUGAUGUAUUUUUUUUCCCUUUGAUUAGAUACUGGAGAAUCAGAACAACUUGUGUUCCUUUACCAUUUCCUUUGUCCUGCCGAAUAUCUAAAGUUUUGUUCAUCUUAGAUA